UUUUGAAUUUUAUAGUGGGCGAGGUUUUUGUUUGAAAGACAUAGAAAGAAUGUGUCAUCCGUUAUUGGAAGAGGUUAUUUCAUCAUUUGAAUUUAAUACACAAUGAGUGAAGAAAACAUUAGAAGACGAGUAGUUAAUAGUUUCCGUAAAGCUAUUGAUUUUGAGCAGAAGAAUAACGAUUUGGAGGCAUAUCGGAAAUAUUUAGAAGGGCUUGCCCUUGUAGCUGCAGCUCUCCAGCAAGAUGCAGAUAGUGGUUGGUCGCUUGGAAAUCCAUCUCUCACUCCCAAAGAACGACGUAGUCUUAUUGGAUUUGCAAAACAAAGUGUUGACCGCCUUGUAUUACUUAUCGAAAAGCAGGAUAAUGAGUUGAGUAAAGUAUUCAAGGCAACAACACAAGUUAUGGACAAUGAAGGAGCCAAAAGAAGCUAUAAGAAUUUACCUGCUGAAGAGACUCUGGUACCAAAAUCUUCGGUAGGAUCACCAUCACCUCACCGAGAGACCAUCAGAAAAGGAGAUGCAUGUGAACAGAAUUGUAGCACAAAGAGUGAAGAAUCUCCAGUUGCACGCAUGCAGCAUGAAAACAAAUUAUUAGUGGCACGUUAUUCAUCCAGGCUUCAGGCUGCCUCAACAGCCAUUCAGCGUCAGAAUUUACAGUUAGAACUUGAGCGUCGCCUCACAGAAAAUGCUGCCAUUGCUAGACAGAGACAGGAAGUGUGGGAACAGCGUCGAAGUGAAGUUGCUGCUCAUUGUCAUAAAAUUGCAGAGAUAAAAUUUCAAAUCAAUGAAAAAAUUGAGAAUGGGACCAUCACAGAAACAGAUUUCAAAAAGCAGAGAGUGUAUGCUGCUGCAUUGCAGUAUGAGGAAGAAAAUUUGUGGCUGAAGAAAUCAAAACAGGAUCAACUGCUUCAACCAGAAGAUGAAAAACUGCAGAGGGCCAUCAUUAGCCAAAUUCUUCUUGAUCGUUCUCAUCCUUUUGGAUGUCUGCUGUGUCAGAUGCAGUAUGCUGUCUUAGACAAAGUGAAUCCAAUAAUUACAAAACACCAGACAUUGUUAUUCCAAAGGCACAGUAAUAAAGAAGGCAGCAAUGACGUGUGCAGUGAUACAAGGCGUCAGGUAUUGUCUAGCAUUGAUCAUGGUUUAUGCAAUCUCACGGUGGACAGCUCUGCUGACCGUGAAGCUAUGCGGAAACAUGAUGUCAGUGAAGCGGCAGUAGCUCAAGAGGAGAGGCAAGCAUUCCAUAGACACUUUCAGAACAUCGCUAUUGACAUAAAACAAGACAUUAAGCUUCUUGAGACUCUGCUGAUUGAUUUGGUUGAACCCCUUAACACAGAGAAAGGACGAGUAAUUGUUAUGGAAAUGUUGCAUCAUAUGUACUUUGCUCCCCUCAAAUCAUACUUAAUUGUCCUUUUAAGACUUAUUACACAUGAAGAUGAACUUGAAUUUGAGGCGGUGAUGAUGACACAAGAUAACACUGAGAUGGUACCAGUUGAGGAAGAUAUGAAGAGGCAAGUGUGUGCCAUGUUACGACAUCUAACACUGUUACACAGCCCAUGCCAGAUGCUUGAUAGCCUCGUUGCAGUGGUUAAAGUGCUGGCUUCAACAUCCAAUGAAAACAACCACUGCAAGUCACUGGGUGCAGAUGAUCUUCUUCCAAGGUUGAUGACUGUCAUUGUUUCAUAUGGACUUCCCAGCCUAUUUGCUGAGGCCAUGUACAUGGAGAACUUCAUGCCAACGGAUAGAGCAUUGGGAGAGGCUGGUUAUUCUUUAACAGUUCUUCAGAGUGUCUUGUCCUGCUUCCUGCCACAUUCAGGUUGAAUUGUUUUAGAUUUGUGUAAUAUCUGUUCUACUGAUUUUACAACUUCAGACAUGCUUUGUCUUAAUGGUUUGUUUCCCAACAUAGAGGAAAGUAUUGUAUCUUGGGUCGGUUUUGUGUUAUGAUUUACUUUGUGAACAAGAGUGCUGGUGGAAAGUUCCGAACGCUCCACACUAUUGCAUGUGUUUUCUGGCAACUGGAGUAUACUUAUAAUUUAAUACUUCUUAAAGUAUACUGGUAGUUGAAUGCUGAAAUAUUAAUUUUGAGGGGAUCUGGUCAUUACGGCGAGCAUUAUGAGGACCAAGACAGUGAAAUCCAAUAGCUGUAAUUUAUGUGAUGUACGGAGAGACAAUGUAAUCAUGACAGUCUCGUUUUCUUUUACCAUAUUGAUGGGUGGGAUGGUAUGUAAGACUCCUCUAAAAUUGAGAGAGCUUGGUCUUCCUUGCAAGGCUUUUUACAUGAGAUAAAAUGUAGAUAAUGAACAAAGAGAUUCUCAAUUAAUCACCCUGUUGGGUUUUGGACCUCCGAUGGAAGCUGUAGAAGCAUCAAUCAUCCAUCAUGUAAUCCUUGAAAUUCAUUCUUGGAAAUAUAAAUGUUGAAGGAGUAGGGUUACUAAUGGCAUUUAGAGCAGCAGUUGUACCAUUCCCCUUUAGCCUGAAGUAACAUGCCCCACUUGCUUCAUUCCCCUAGCACCCAUGUUAUUAGGAGGAAUAUGAACAGUAGAGUUGCCAGUCAUGAUUAAAUUAUAGAUUUUAUUAGCAGAGAACUUGUGCCUUGACAUAGACUCCUUUGAAUCCCCCAUCCAAAAAAAGAGAACUUUCAUGCUUUCAAGAUUAAAACUUGUCACAGAAGAAGGAGUAUCAGCCUUGAAUUUUCUGAAAGACAAGGACUUGUGACAUUUCCUCAGUCCUCUCAGCAACAUACUACAUCACAUUCCUUGUUUCCCCAGCUCCGAUAUAUAAAUACACCAUAUUGUAUUCUUGCACCUGGUUUGAAAUACUUGACCAGUGUGUUCCUGUGUGAAACCAAAAACUUGUUAAUCUAAUUUAUGUCUUUGUAUUCAAAAACAGUAAAAUUUUGCUGUUCUUGGAACUUCGUCAAAUGGAAAUUUAAUGUAUGUUUUGAAAUUCCAAAAUCGUGUGCUGCUGUCUUUACUGUCUCUCUCAAAUUGCAUCUCGCAUGACUUGUUUUGUGACUUACAUUUACCUUGUCUUGUUCUGCCAGCCUUGCUUUAUGUCACUCUCUUAGAAACAAAAUAGAUUUCUUGAUACCAAACUUAUUGAACAUACUAAUUAAAUUUUAAAUUUAAAUAAUGCAAGUGCGCUGUGUUGCAGCUUGGGACAUGAUCCAAGGUACAGCAGACCAUGAUGCCACAAGAUAAUAUGAGAGAUUAUAACACAAAAUUAAUAGUUGUUUUAGGUUAAUUGACAAACUACUUAUAAUUAAAACAAGAUGUAAAUUACCAUCUAAGUAUAUAUAGUUUAUUCCUUGUACUGAUUACAUGUUGCUAAAACCCCUACAUGUUUCAGUCAUACAAGACCAUCUUAUAAAUCAGUAUAAUGAGCUCUGUCUAUAGUUAUGAUAGGUUAAUUGAAAAAAUACUUAUAUGAAAUGAAACUGAUCUUACCUAUUCUUUACACUCUCAGGAAAUAAUACCAUCUUAAACAGUAAAUAACCUCAUAGUAAACAAAGGUACAAACACACACUGUUCACAGUGGAAGAGUCAUAAAUGAUGUAAAAUUUAACAUUUGUGUUCAUAGAUAGCAGAGCAGUGACUAAUGACCCAGGGUACAGAGACCAUGUCUGUUCCUAAUUUCACUUCUUGUUAAAUAGUAUUUAUGCAAUAUCUCAUAUUACAGGAAACUAGGACAAUGCCAUACUAAUACUUUGUCUCCUGAUUUUUUUGGGAGACAUAAGAAAUAGCUGCAUAAAGUGGAAUGCCCAUUCAGUGUUCCUCAAUUUAACAUUUUUCUUCAUUUGAUGAUCAGUUUCUGUGAUCUCAGGUCAAUAAUCUCAGUGUUAAAUUUCCUCCAUUUAAGAUUUUUCUCAAUUUUAUGUUCAAAUGCUCUGCUCCAUGGAAAAAUCCCAGUUGGGGAUUUGAGCAUAUGUGUAGAUGUGCUUGGCUUGAGAACAUGUAUGUAUAAAAUUUUACCACUUGUGAAACACACCAUGCACACAAUACACAUACGUACUCGUACGUUCCACAGAUCAAAAAUUUAAUUUAUCAUAUGACUUUAGGAUAUGGAUUAAGGCAUAAAAUAUGUAAAAGUGCAAAACGUGG